AUGGCACCAAAAGUGAAGAAGGAAGCCUUGGGCCUUCCCAAUGAUGAAGCAAAAGCAAAGGCCUUGAAAACUAAGAAUGCAGUGCUGAAAGGCAUCUAUAGCCACAAAAAGAAGAUCAGAACAUCACCCACCUUCUGGCAGCCCAAGUCCCUGUGGCUCCAGAGAAAGCCAAAAUAUCUUCAAAAUAGUGAGCCCAGGAGAACCAAGCUUGACCAAUAUGCAGUUAUCAAAUUGCCCCUGACCAUGGAGCCAGCCAUGAAGAAAAUAAAAGAUGUCAAGACCAACCAGCACCAGAUGGAAGAGUCCGUGAAGAAACUCUAUGACAUUGAUGUGGCCAAAGUCCGUACCCUGACAAGGCCUGACAGAGAGAAAAAGGAGUAUGUUUGCUUGGCUCCUAAUUAUGAUGUUCUAGAUGUUGCCAACAAGAUUAGGGUCAUCUAA